UGUGGUACUGAUGGUAACUGUGAAUGUCGAGUUGAACCGAAUUUCACGAAGCCUUUCAUUCUGCCGGCGGCACGGACCACAUGACCAGCCCCGACGGAGGCGGAAUUUCUUUCUGCUGCUUGACUUCCUGUACUCUUACAUCUGUUUUGCGGCGCGAGUCGUGGUCUUUUCUUCUAUUUAUUUCUUGAAAUCAUAUUAACAUCUUUCGAUUACUCCUUUCUUUAUACUAAAUCACUGAGGUGCGCGUCGAAAUCCAAUCGCGGAGCCGCAUUCAACCACCCCGAUUCGUAUCCUUCGCUAGCUCCUUUUCAUCUCACACAUUCGCUUCCCCACGACGUCGUAUCAUCUCACCAUGUCCGCUAGCCCCGAGCCCGAGACAAAGCUUACUCUUACCGCUGACCCUGUCGCGGAAGAUGAUGGCCAGCCCGAGCAAGACGCCAAAGCCGCCACGCCGAUCGCAGGCGACAACGACAACGACGAGAACGAGGGAGCAGAGCUGAAGGAGCAAAUCGAUGGAGCGGAUGAUGAUGAGGAAGACGAGGAGCUAGCUAAGCCGGCGGCUGCCGGGGACGAUGACAAUGACGAUGAAGAGGAGGCCAACGCUGACGGCUCUGACGACGAGUCAAUUCUUUCUGAAGUCGAUGAGGCGCAAUUUGAGGACUUUGAUCCUGAGAAUGUCGAUGUUGAGGAUCGGCCGCAGUUGGCGAUUGACGAGGAGAAUUUGAAGUUGGUCGGUCGGCACAAGCGCAAGAGGACUGAGGAGGAUGGUGAUGGUGAGCGUUCGUCGAGAAGGAAGAAGGAGGGUCGGCGUGAGAAGAAGACUCGUCGUAUGAGGGAGUUGGAGGAGGGUGGUGAGGAUGAUGAAGGGGAAGGCAAGUCGAGGAGGAGGGAGAAGAAGAAGAGAGAUGCUACCCCUGAUGAAGAGUUGUUGGAUCCUGAGACGCGUCGUCGUCGGGCCCUUGAUCGGGCUAUGGACCAAGCGUUGAAGAAGCCUACGAAGCGACGUGCCAAGAAGGCUGAUGGAAUCGACCUCGAGCAAAUGGCCGAUGCUGAAAUCGAAAGCAUGCGCAAGCGCAUGACCAACGCCGCUCAAAUGGACGCCUUUGCCCGUCGGGAGGGCAAGCCCGCCAUGCACAAGCUCAAGAUGUUGCCAGAGGUUGUCUCGCUGCUCAACCGCAACCAGUACAUGAACAGUCUGGUUGACCCGGAAAUCAACCUUCUAGAGGCUGUCAAGUUUUUCCUCGAGCCACUUGAUGACGGAUCCUUGCCAGCCUACAACAUCCAGCGCGAUCUGAUGAAUGGCUUGGCCAGGCUCCCCAUCAAUAAAGAGGCCCUGGUGGCCAGUGGAAUCGGUAAGGUGAUUGUGUUUUACACUAGGAGCAAACGCCCCGAGGCUGGCAUUAAGCGUCUGGCGGAGCGUUUGCUUGCGGAAUGGACGCGACCUAUCUUGCAGCGCAGUGAUGACUAUUCGAAGCGGGUUUACCAGGAGGCUGCAUUCGAUCCUACGAAACUCACCAACCGCGCACCCACGGCCCAAGCGACUGCGGCGGAAGCCCGGGCACGAGAACUUCUUCCUCCCCGACUGGCAAACCGUGCCCGUGCCGAAAUUACGCACACCAGCUACACAGUGGUGCCCCGUCCAACAAUGGUGCAGGAGAGCAAAUUCGCUCGUCCUCUGGGAGCCAGUGGCGAGGAUCGGUUCCGACGGAUGCGGGCGCGACAGAUUGCAGCUUCGAAGGGAUCUCGAAAAUAGAUACUGGUCUAUACGGUUCCUUUCGCCAUGCUUUUUUUAUUAUUCUUAUUUCCGGUUUUUUGGUCAGGUUGUCAUGGCGUAUGGGCGUAUUGCAUCUUAUUUGAAAUUGCUUGUGUAUUAUGCAUCUAGAAAUGGAUAUUAUACAGAGUCCAAUCUAAUAAUAAACAGAACAAGCAUUACUCGUGCGAUAGGAUAGACUCGGUAGAACCCGCCGAGCUAUACCCGGCGGUAGUCGCCGAGCAGAUCCCGACCCGGGCGACGUCACACCCGGUUUUUGGUCGGCUCUUCAUGACGCAGAAAUUUGAUUAUAUCAGACCAUCGUUCGGGGUCUGUCACUUCACUCCGUGUCGCCAUUUUCUUCGAUCUUUCGCUCACAAUCCGGAAUUGUUUCUUCUCUACCAUCUUAUAGGAUUUUCACCUCUAUAGAAUCUAAUACCCCAACAUGAAGCUCUUAUCAAAGGAAGAAGAGGAUGCACACUACAG